CUCAUAUCAACGAUAAGAGAAAUCUAUGAUCAAACCCACAAACCGAUAUUACCCAUUCGUUCAUCAUUGUUCUUCUCGUCCACAUCUCCUCCCAUCAAUCAAUCUCUUUUUUCCUCCACCAAUCAUCAAUCUCCCAUUUCUUCUUCAUAAACUCUCUAAAUCGCUCAGCUCUCCGUUUGUCACACCACACCCACUCUCCACUCUCUCUUUGUUGCGUCCAUCAAUGGCUUCCGCAGCUUCCCGUGCCACUUUCCAUCUCCUCCCCACCACAUCUUCCUCCACUUCGUCAACCCGCGCCGCCCUUCUUCAGUUCGCGCCCGCCACUUCCUCUUCCUCAAUUCGCCUCCGCAGCGCCGCCACUCAGCGCCUAGGCUUCGCCGCGGCAGACCCACUUUUCUCCCUCCACGUCGCUUCCAAGAUUCGGCCGUUUCGGGGCAAGGCUUCGAGGGGUGUGGUGUCCAUGGCGAAGAAGAGUGUUGGGGAUUUGACUACCGCUGACUUGAAGGGGAAGAAGGUGUUCGUGAGGGCCGAUCUGAAUGUUCCCUUGGAUGAGAACCAGAAUAUUACUGAUGACACCAGGAUUAGGGCUGCCGUCCCUACAAUCCAGUAUUUGGCCGAGAAAGGAGCUAAAGUCAUUCUGUCCAGCCAUCUGGGACGACCGAAAGGUGUGACUCCAAAAUACAGCUUGGCACCUCUUGUGCCUAGGCUUUCUGAACUCCUUGGCAUUCAGGUUGUGAAGGCUGACGACUGUAUCGGUCCCGAGGUUGAGAAUUUGGUUGCUUCCCUGCCCGAAGGUGGAGUCCUCCUCCUUGAAAAUGUGAGAUUCUACAAGGAGGAAGAGAAAAAUGAACCUGAGUUUGCAAAGAAGCUUGCUUCUCUAGCUGAUCUAUAUGUGAACGAUGCAUUUGGAACUGCCCAUAGAGCUCAUGCUUCAACCGAGGGAGUCACUAAGUUUUUGAAGCCAUCUGUAGCUGGUUUCCUCUUGCAAAAGGAACUUGACUAUCUAGUUGGGGCUGUGUCAAGCCCAAAGAGGCCAUUUGCUGCCAUUGUUGGUGGUUCAAAGGUGUCGUCAAAGAUUGGAGUGAUUGAGUCACUUCUGGAAAAAUGUGACAUCCUACUCCUCGGCGGUGGAAUGAUCUUUACAUUUUACAAGGCACAGGGACUUUCCGUGGGUUCUUCUUUGGUGGAAGAGGAUAAGCUAGAUCUGGCAACCUCCCUCCUCGCAAAGGCCAAGGCGAAAGGAGUGUCCCUCUUAUUACCUACCGACGUUGUCAUUGCAGACAAGUUUGCUCCCGAUGCAAACAGCAAGAUUGUCCCGGCAUCUGCCAUCCCUGAUGGAUGGAUGGGAUUAGACAUUGGACCAGAUUCUAUAAAGACAUUCAAUGAUGCUUUGGACAGUACCAAAACUAUCAUCUGGAAUGGACCCAUGGGAGUGUUUGAAUUCGCCAAGUUUGCAGUCGGAACAGAGUCGGUAGCCAAGAAACUAGCGGAGCUCAGCGGAAAGGGGGUGACGACCAUCAUUGGAGGUGGAGACUCGGUUGCAGCUGUAGAGAAGGUCGGAGUCGCAAGCGUCAUGAGCCACAUCUCGACCGGUGGUGGUGCUAGUUUGGAGCUGUUGGAAGGCAAAGAGCUUCCCGGUGUCCUUGCUCUUGACGAAGCCGUACCUGUUGCCGUGUAGGAAACGGCUUAUUCGUUUAAUUUUUUUUUUCUUCUCGCGUCGCUAUUGGAUGCUUAAAUUACGUCGUGUAACAGAGAAAUAUAUUGUUGUAGAAGAAGAUGAGUUUUCGUUGUAAAAGCAGUGAUCUCGAAAUGUUGUUCCCUUUCUGGUCUCUCCGCAUUUGGCUUCCUUGCCUGCUGUGAACAGGCUAUGGGACAACCUUUUUUAAGAGCUGUAAUAAAUUUGUGCAUGAAUCUCCACUUUCCUCUUACUUUCUCUCCGAGACAAUAACCAGAACUACUUGA